AUGACGACUUAUGUUCUUUACAGUCCUGACGGCGCAAUUGAUGAAUUCUUCAACUCGAACACUACUGUCACAAGACAGCAUUGCGAUGAAUACGCCAUUUCUCACGCUGGUGGUGUGUCCACUGCUUUACAGAUGCAAGGAGUGUGCAGCUAUACCGUGACAGCGGGGCCCAACAAGUCCAAGCUCUUCCAGUUCCGAGAUGAGGACUCUACCAUUGACAUGGGCAACAUUUCCCUUGCCAAAGCAAUCCAUCCCGAAUUUGUGGCUAGCUGCAAGUAUCUCGGUACCAUGGGCGAUUCGCGGCCAGUCUAUAUCUACGAGAUGGAGCAUCUUCCUGGGACUGCUCACAUAAUGGCGCGCAUUCCUCCAGACGACAUGUCCCGACAGCGUAACGCUAUUAAGAACUUUGCAAGUUUUGACCUCCUUGCUCGAAACCUGCCAUCUCGCUUUGCACCGAGCCUAGAAAGGGUCCGCAAGGAGCUCCCGUCUCUCUUCUCAAAAGCCCUCCCCUUUGUUCUUAGCCACGGUGACCUUAACGGGAUGAAUCUCCUCGUCAAUCCCAAAACCGGAAACAUCACAGGGAUUGUCGACCGGGCUGAAUCAAGGAUUCUGCCGUUCGGCUUCGCCCUAUACGUGCUUGAGAUUUUUUUGGGCCGGAUAGAUUCAGAAGGGUGGCACUACUACGAUCGCUACCGUGAACUCGAGAGCCUCUUCUGGCAAACCUUUCGAGAGGAGGCUCAUAAUUUCCCUUCCACUGAUUUGUAUUUGAUCCGCGCUGCGAGGAUGGCUGAAUUAUUUUACCGUUAUGGAUUUAAUUUUGAUGCGAAAGGCGUAGUGCAAGGUGUGCGGAUGGACCAGCCGGAUGGUUCGCUCGCAUAUCUCGAUGCUUUCUGUGCUGCUGGUGAGUGGGCUCCUCUUGCCUGA